AUGAUUGAAAAAGGAAAUCCAUCGGAGUUCGAAGGCAAAUCUUUGUCAGAAAUUCAAGUUAAUAUUGAUGAAUAUGUAGACGAUAAUGAUAAAGGUUGGACCACUGAAGAAAUAAAAUCACUGAAGGAACAUUUCAAAAGCUUCAUAUCAAAAGGCACUUACCCAUGUAGUUCCGAGAUAAAAGAAUUUGGAAAAUCAACGAAUAAUACAAGGAGUGUUGCAGUCAUAAAAUCCAAGAUUCAGCACUUCAUAAGACUAAAUUUGAAGUAAAUUUAUUAUUUUGUACUGAAUUCCCC